AUGUGGAAACGAGCAAAAACAAAGAAGACGACUGACGUGACGAGGACCGCCCUUAGGCGUGCCGCCAUACCCGGCUCGGACCCCACGGACUGGGAGUGCCAUAGAGGCCGCAUUAUGAAGGAGUCAUUGCAGCCUGACUCUCAGACCGAGGCCGAGAGCGAGGUCCAAGUUAUCCGUCAGUUGGCAAACCAGGCCGGAAAGUGGAGAAUAACAUAAGUCAUUGGGUAACUAUGAGCAUGGCCUGUAUGCCCAGUGGGAUCGCAAACGCCUCAACCGGCAGGGAAUGAGGUGACAGAGAAGUGCCGGCCCACAUCUGGCCGCGAGGGCCCUUGUUGGCUAAAGUUUUCCAUAGCAUAUGCACACAGUCCCCAAGGCCCACAAGGGUGGGACGCAGCCCUGCAUGUAGCCUAAUCUAUUACCCUUCAAGGCCAGCUAACCAUUCAGCCAUCGGCUGAGACGCACACCCACAUUCUUCACACGUGUGAGAGUGCCAUAGGACACGUUGAGAAAGAGCCGUAUCAGCCUGACUCUCAGCCCACCAGUCUGCCAUUCCACCCAAACACACUCACAGCUGGGCAGACUGCGUGGACUGAGUUGAUACGUCAGUCGACAACCUCCCAGGCUACGGCGCUUGGGCUCGGAUCACACAUGCUGUAGAGGAGCCACAUGGAGAAGAAGCCUAGGAACACACUUCCCACUUGCGUGAAAUGUGCCAAUUGUGUGCUAUCGCUGUGUAGUGAUGGGUGCUGUUGAUGGGUGUCAUAGGUGCUGGCGGGGAAAGGUGUGAUGGUGUGGUAUGGCCUACCGCAGGUUUUCAUGGAUUGCAUGUGGCCUAGUAGGCCUAUGCAGUGACGGAAUGCGCGAGGCUAAUGCGGACAGUUGAGGUUAUGGCGCCUGGUUCAACUCCUGGGUGCUCCAGGCACUGAUUCACUAGUCUCUGUGCGAUGGAUUCGCAAAUGACCGACCAGGCCGAUGUGUGAGUGAAUUCGUGGGUACAGUUUGGAUAGAAUAGGCCGGGAGCAUCAAUGUCGCCCUCAGUGGUGAUGGUGGUAGGAGUGGAGUUGCUGAUGAUGGGCGCGCUGUGCGAUGAGCUGGUGAUUAAACUAGGCAUAAUGAGUGUUCAAGGUGUGCUAGAUGGGUCGAUAUUGUGGUGAAUUCCGCAGCUGUGGAUGCCCACGUGACCAAGUAAGCCCACGCUGCUCGUAAAUGUGUGUGCGCAGCGUGGACAGUGAAUACAGAGAUGGCGUGUGUAUGUGGCUGCCACAAGCACUGGUUCGUCAGCCUCUGCGCGAUGGAUUCACAAGUGACCGACAAGGCCGAUGUGUGAGGUGAAUGAGGACAGGCUGAGGCCUAAUCCACAUCGCUAGAGGUGGGAGUGUUGGUGGUGAUGGUGGUAAAUGACGUGACGCUAGAUGUCGUCCUAUCGGCGGGCGGAAUGCGAGAGGACGUGGUAUUAGCGGAGCUGGCACUGCGAUCGACGCGGGGGUUGGGGCAGGAUGACUGAUGCCAGAUAUCGAUUGCGACGGGACAUCGGCAGUCUGAUCACCGAUCGUCCUCGCAGCGCUUACGGCAGGGAUUAUAACAGUAGUAUUUGUGGAAGGAGAAUUCGACGUUGUCGGUUGGUUGAUAGAUUGCUUCCGAAGGUGUCCUGCGAGGCCGUUUCGCGCGCGGAAUGUGCGUGGCAGCGCGGGUAUUUUGGAAGCGGCUGGCUGUUGACAGUGAAGUUCCAAAACACGUUUCAUAUGCUAGCCUUUCUUUUCGCUUUGGCGCCAGCCAUGCGGUUCGCUUCGAAACAAACCUUCAAAGCGCACCUUACGGAGUAAUACCUGUAAGAACAAUAACGCGUCUCAAAAGCUGCACCUCACUGUAAUGUUUAAACUGCAUUGAGAAACGAGGCGAUGUCUUGUCAGGCGUUACCUCAAUUAAAUUUUUUACAAAAGCACGGCUAUCAGUAGUGAAAAGAUAACGGCUGGACGCAACUUGUGACAUCACUAUCUUCGUCCGCCGAGCUGGACAAGCCUCUAGUGCCUUCGACUCAAAAGCCUGGUUCGUCAAAUAAGGAACUGAAACUGUUGUAUAACAUACUCAACCUUUCCAAAAUAAACCGGCGCAGUUGGUGUUUAGGCCAGGUAUCAAGGAGUCGACGGCUAAUAAGCGGCGUUUCUGUCCUCGCAACCCUAUUUGCACGUCUUACAAAUGCGGAUGAGAGGUAAUUCCUACUGAAAUUAUGGAGAUUGCAUCAUCUUCCAGGAAUGGCUGCUGUGUCAUGCAAAAAUUCAGUUUUUCCUAAAGUGUUUAGCAACGCCAUAGUUCUCACUUAUUAUUUUUUCCUCAAACUUUGAAGCUGAUCGACUUCGUGGCGCAACAUACUCCGACAGAAGACCCCUCAACUGAUGGGAGCCCCCGAGAAGAUAAGAACGAUCACGUGAGUCCUGUCUUUAUUACCUGACAUUUAACACUACACGUUUUGCUUUUAUUAAUGUGCAUCAAGGCUGAACGCAUGUGAUCAACAGAAGCAAUACAUUUUGACUUCUAGCGAAGGUACUGAACCUGACAUUUGGCUAGUUAAAACAAAUAGGUUUGGAGGGUGAUUUUAAAGGGCAUUUCUCACUUUUGCUUCAUUAGCUUGUUCAGCAAAGAAAGGUCGGCCCGGUUUCCUUUCAGGACUUUUAGGAGCAACAUGCCUUGCGCUACGAGUGCGCCUACGUAAAGGUUCACUCCACAUCUGGGGGUGGAUGGCACGCGCCUCGGAUUCCUCGGAUUUGCGCUCCUGGCGAAACUGAAAGAGUGGAAAAGGUGUUGCGAUCUAGGAAACCCGGUUGACUAGCAGCUAAACUGACUUGAUAUGCCCUUUUACCUGCGUCUUUAACUGGGAGCGCCUACUUAUAAGUUCCUGCAAAACUGCUUGGCAUUGCACAUCCACGAUCUACGGCAAUUCGGGUUGGGGAUUCGGAUAUGGGAGCGAAGUCACCACCCGCGAAUCCUGUAAUAAUGAAAUGAGCGUAUGAUAUAACGGUUGAAAAUGUAAGAGUAGACGCAGAAAGAGAAGGAUGAGAGAGAGAGAGACGAGAAAAACCGAUGGAACAGAAUCUGCAAGACCGCCUCACGGGAGGAGGAAAUUUUCAGCGGAAAGAAUUGCUGUUUGAGGUAGGGUGGUUGAAUCGGUUGGUGUUUCUAUAAUAAGAUCCGAAGCAAUAGGAAAGCGCCAAGGAGUACUUCUUGAAUGAUCCUCCUCCCACUCAGUUUACAAAAAUUUUAUUCACAAAAUGCGCACUUAUUCCAGUUAAUUUUAAUGCCUGUGCAGCGUCAGUUAAAUUUUAUAUGAAGAAUCUGCCAGCGUUCAGGUUUUACAUCCAUCCCACAGAAAAUUACGUCAUUUUGAAAUCCGGUACCUGAAAAUGGAGUCUGUGGACUCUGCGUCUACCUGCUUCUUGGGAAACUCGUAUAAAUGUUUGUGUAACUUAUGAAUGCCACUUGUAUAGUGUGUGACGUAAUCCACAGCCACUUCAACGCCUCAUGGGGUUGAGGCGGCUUCCCUGUAGUAAUAGGCAGGAAUUAUGCAUUUGCCUCUAGAAGGUCAGUAAGUAAAUCGGACAUAUGAGACACCUUCAGUGCCUUUAACAUCUCCGACUAUAUCAUCCAUAACCGACCAUGCUACUAACAAGGCGUUUUCAGUAGUUCCCAGAUGCAACGAAUCACGUCCUGCUUAGAUGGCCUGUUUAGUGAGCCUGCCUCGUGGUCUCAGGCCAGCGGUGAACGGUAAGGUGUGAAAGAAGCAAACCUUUUUCUGGAUUGUCAUUAUGCCCUUUGCAACUGACACAAACUAGCACCCUGAGCUGCCAAUAUCUGAAAUAGGCGUCAUGGGCUGUGGCUGUAUUUAGCAAAUUCGUAGGUGCUUUCUUCAAAACCAACUUAUCUGGCCUUCAAACUAACGAACUGGCUUACUGUCCAUAGAUCAGUGGAGACAACUGGGCCCUAAACUAAGGAACCGUUCUAAUGUUUAUAGUGGCCUUCUCGGGACAUUUACUUUCUUAUGUUCAACUUGGAAACGCCAAAGACAAUUCAAGCCGUUGCCAUGCCGUGAGAUUUCACAACAAAACUUUUAAGCGCAUUUGAAAAUCAGCGUGUAAAUAUAUUCCGUCUGUUAUAAACUCUUUAGGACAAGAUGACCUCCGAAGGGGCAGCAAUGUUUACGUCUGAAAUUUCAGGGGACACCAGCCCAUAGACAUCCUGUUCUCAUCUCCAACACCGUGACAGUUUAACAGACGUUUUGACGGACGAAGUCCGUGGCCUUUGCCUUAGUGUUAGACGGCCGAACAUCGGUAUGCAAGGGGUUAACAGGUCUGGCUUUGAAUACUGGAAGCACAAUUUGUGCACAAUUAAUGACCUAACAGGAGAAGGGCCACGAAAUUCGCAAACAAAUCUCUGUGACGAACAGGUCGCUCACCUCGCCUCCACCAAAACUAUUCUUCGUCAAAGAAACGACUGGCUUUCAAAGAAUGAAAGUCGGCGUUCAGAUGACGCUUGGGAAAUACAUGACGUCCUCUAAUCAGCUUCCGAGCUAAAAAACUGCUUUAUCAUGACAUUCAGCAGUUGAAGGCCGAAGUCCUUCGUUCUUUUUCUAAAUAUACGCAAGGAGAACAUUGACAAGUGUUCCUCGUAAACAGUCUACUUUUUUACGUACGACGAAAGAAGUCGUCGUAUUGCUUCCUUGCGGACCGUCUUGGUUCACCUUGGUUAACUAUAUGCACUGUUCUAUUAUUAGUAAUUCUCUAGAGAGUGAACUGACUAAUAUUGAAAAUACGAGCUAACUAAGCAAACGGCGGCUCUUCGGCUGCCGCUCAGUACCGACGCCCGACGAGAACCCUUAGACAUCUUCCUUGCAGGACAAGACGGAAAAGCAACAGCGUGUCGCGAGUUCUCCUUGCACAUUUUCUUAGACCUUGUUUAUUCUCAGUGGUAUUUGAUCGCCGGUAUAUUCCUGGAUUUUAUGGUACAAAGGUCCCCUAUUAGCCGUGGGAGACAUUUUAAAGCGGAAUCUACCCACUGUUUCUUGAAAUCAGUGUGAUCUCUUAUACAAGACCACGUGAUCUCCAUACAUGUGAGAUUUGAUUUUCCGGUGCCAGAAGAGAUUAAUUUGAAACUUUCUUGCUUAUAUUACUUUUUAUUUAGAGCAAAAUGCGCACAAACAAGGGUUUUGGCCUGUGAUAAUCAGUAGCGUAGAAAAAUAUUUUGAUAUUAGGAGACGUCCAAUUAUGCCCAAACUUGACAGGCUUUCCUUCCAUAGAAAAGAUUUGCAAUGAAAUAUUUAGAAAGAGACUUUCUGCACGCCAAAUAAAUUCAGCGUACAAAAGCAAAGCCAAGUAUAUGUCGUACUGCCCAUUUUAAUUCUGAUCACGACAUUUCAGGGGUAAGGACAUCUGCUGUACAAUUAUUGACCGACCUCAUGGAGCGUUUGCCAAAAUUUUGAAAUGUGUAUUCCAUUAGAAAGACUUGCUUAACUGGGACUGUAAUAUUUAUUAAUUUGCGGCAUAAUGCUGUGAUAUUACAUGCACAGGAUGUCAACUUUUAAGUGUCCGUCUUUUCUGUUGCCUGCGAUGAACUCAUUCGGAAGAAUGACCACUUAGUUAAUAUAAAUAUUCUCUACUAAUCUUCGGUGCUUCUGUAGAUUAAAAUAUAUUUUGUAGCAAACAGGUGCAAGAAUAUCCUUUCUUGUACUCAACUGGUAGCAAAUCACGCCUUCUUGCAAUUUUGUAUUCUGAGGAGGGGUAUCUUUUGGUUUUGAAAACAGCCUUUCAGUUCCAGAAUAAUCUUGAACUCGAUCUGCCGUUCAGUUUAGUCUUAAGGUUUUUAGCCUACUAAACGAAAAUCAUCCAAUUUUCUAUUCAGUUAGGUAGAUCCCAAACAGGGCUUGUAAAAUUCUGCAACAGGUGUGUACUACGCUUUCUACUUUAUGGAGGGCAUUACUAAACAGGCAUAUAAAAUGCUAUCCGAAUGGACAUUGCACAGCCUUAAAGAUCUCGGGAUUAGAAAUUGUUUAAAACCGGAAGAUAACAUUUGAUCGAGUAGAAAUGUAAAAAAAGACUUGAUUCUCUACAAAAUAAAUACAAAAAGGAAUAUUUAUGCGCAUUUCCUUCAAAAUAUAUUUGCAUUUUCGCAGACACCAAAAAUCAGUUGAAAAUAUUUAAUGCAUAAUUGACCAUUGUCAGCCAAGCACAGUCAUUAAAGACGGUCGAACAGAAGGGUAUUUAAUAGCCAACAUCUUGGUGUGUCUGAAACAUCACGCAUUAUGCCGCAACCCAGUAAAAAUGGCAAUUCAUAUUGACCCAACUGUGAAAAACUCGGCGCCUCUGUGGGAUUCGAACCCACGCAGUAAGGGGAAGGCUUUAGUACAGCCAACGCUCUAACCACAUGAGCUAAGAAGACAAAAUAUCUAUGAAUUACGUGAGCCUAGUAGUCAUUUGGUGGAUUCUAGGUGAAUUACAUCGGAAAUCCUGUGAUUCAACUCGCGUCGUCCGACGGGGCCUCGUAGCCCAAGUGGUUAGAGCGUUGGCGGUAAUAAAGCCUUCCCCCUACUGCGUGGGUUCGAAUCCCACCGAGGCGCCGAGUUUUUCACAGUUGGGUCAAUAUGAAUUAUUCAAAAUCUGCCAAAAUAUCUAUCAAAUAUUACAAUUCCGAUUACUAGGUAUUUUGGCUGAUUUUGAAUAAUUCAUAUUGACCAAACUGUGAAAAGCUCGGCGCCUCGGUGGGAUUCGAACCAACGCAGUUAGGAGACUGCUUUAAUACAGCCAAUGCUUUAACCACCUGAGCUACGAGACCCCCCUGGACGACUCGAGUUUAAUCAUAUUUGGGUCCAGUUUACCCGCCCAACCUACUACAACGUCUUGAAUCCACCAAAUCUGAUGCAGUAAGUUGACUGCCCAAGCAGGAUUUCCUAAGUAAUUCACCUAGAAUCCACCAGAUGACUACUAGGCUCGCGUAAUUCACAGUUGGGUCAGUAUGAAUUAUUCAAAAUCUGCCAAAAUACCUAUGAAUUACGUCAGCCCGGUAGUCAUCUGGUGGAUUCUAGGUUAAUUACUUAGGAAAUCCUGCUUGGGCAGUCAAUUUACUGCAUCAGAUUUGGUGGAUUCCAGACGUUGCAGUAGGUUGGGCGGGCAAACUUGACCCAAAUUUGAUUAAACUCGAGUCGUCCGGUGGGGUCUCGUAGCUCAAGUGAUUAGAGCGUUGGCUGUACUAAAGCCUUCCCACCUAGGCGCCGAGGUUUUCACAGGUGAGUCAAUAUGAAUUAUUCAAAAGCUGCCAAAAUAUCUAUGAAAUAUUACCAUUCCAAUUAAAUAAUUCAUCUCAAUCGAUUACGCAUUUCAUUAUUUCGGUCAACAUUUUAUGACACCGACUACUGACUCUAUAGCCAAUUCUACCAACUGGUUAAGGUUGUUACUAUUAUUAACUGGCGACCUUUUCAACCUUUAGGGAAAUGGUAGUGACCGCGUGCAUAAAUUUUUGACUUGCGGUAGAAUGUGGUUCGUCCCCGGGAAAAAAUUGUGUAUCUUCCGACUUUUUGAACUGCGUCCUGAUGAGCCGGUGCUGGAGGUAGCUUAUCACCGGUCAACUAUUCACGGGCUGCCUGUAUGUACUUCUGAGUGACAGUUCUAGGUAGUAAACACUUUCACGGCUCCUCGCUAUACAGUUCGUCUGUGCUAGGGUGACUGGAGAGAAGUCCGCUAAUUUCACAUCCUGAGGAUUGGCUCUACUAUCUGCUUUAUGAAACGACGGCGACUGAGGACCAACCCAUGAACGCGGAACCUGCGACUACCGCGCACGUUAUGGAACGCCGGGGAACGCAUCGUGAAUGCCGUAGGCCAAUUCGCCGUUCGCCUAUCCGUUACCGAUUAAAGCGGAUGUCGGGCUAAUUAGAUAAGUUGGAAUAAUCAGCGAUCAUUUGUUGCACUGACUGUGGAAACUGGGCUUCGAAAUACGUCGGCCAAAAGGCUUGAAUUUCCCAAUACAGGUGCAGGAACACGGAGCGGAAGUAAGAAUUUAUGACUGACUUUCAAUAGUCGCCUGUCACCAGGUAGACCCCAAUCAUUUCUUUGAUUUUGCCGUGGCAUCGAUUACUGGCAGAGGUCGCCGUACAAUGGUUCAGGGUUCGUGACUUUCCACGCAAGCUCAAUGUGCCGCCGAGUAGAGCCUUAUUUAGUCGUGUCCGGCGACGACGAAGUAAAACCAGACUUGCUCGAGGCUAACUAUAAAGCAGCCCACCGUUCAGAAGUUGGCUCAUGCAUCCAACCCCGAAGCAAGUGCGAGGCACCAAGACGAACUGGAGAACCGCUUGUCGGCAGAAGAGGCUGUCAAAUGAAUCCACUCUGCGUUUCUAAUGGACGAUCCACCCGCACCUAGCCACUUCCAACGCUAACUGGUCAUCAACUGGACUGGACAGAUUCGUUACGCGGAUAAUAACGUAGGCACGAUACCCCACUGUCUGAUGAUAGUAGACGACCUAAGUCCGAAACGAUCGACGAAUGAGAGUAUUUUUCAGGGGUCGACCCCCCCCCCCUCCUCCGUGUUUUUUGUGCUUCUCAAGUCGCUUACGUUAUUCCGCCGAGACAGCCACGCACUGGUCCACUCUAGUCCUUUUAUGCGUCGCGUUUACGUUUUUUCUGCGACAUAUCGACUUCUUUUUUAUCCGACAUUCUAAACUGUCCUUUCAAAAUGCCAUCCUGUUAGUUCUAAUCCUAGUCAUCAUCUAAAAAUUGGUGUAUCGUUUUUACGACCGAAUUGUUACUACUUCUAACAUUCAACUGAUGACAGAGCUGUGGGAGAUCGAGAUCGGCACUGAGGAGGAAUCCCUUCUCACGACCAUUCAGGACAUUCUUUGUUAUGAUAGAUCAUCCAAGCUUGAAUUUAUCGCAUCACUCUAACGGCCGUGGUCUUGUGAGUGGCACGCGUAGACGGGAUAGUCAACUAGGGCAGUCACAAAGUCCUUCCCCACCCCCGGUUGUUUUGACUUAUUUUCCACCGGAACAAGGCGGAUGAGAAAGAAGUUAGUGAGGCUAAUGCAAUGCGAGUCUGCUUCACUGCAAACAAACUCAGGAGCCAGGUGCUGUUUCAGGGCCCACCUCGUGGAACAUGGGGGAUGUCACACAAAAGAGACCUUGUACUAUAUCCGCAAGAACCCUGCUUUCCGAGGGUAACUGCAUGGGAUGACGAACGUCGAGAAAUACCUGCAUCCACCUGCGGCCUCCCGCAGCCCCUUCUGACAUCAGUGUAGACGGCGCUUAUUAUAGGAGCGACCAUUCAAGGCCAAAGCCUUCUGCGCAAUGUCACUGGAUGUACUUUUACUCGGGCGAUCAGCGAUUGGUCAGGCGCAGAUCGGCAGUGUUGGUCGACCAAAGGGGAACGAAAUUUCCUCCUCUACUGCGCAGUAGGCGAUAAGAUUAAAAUGUAAGCGGUCGUCGGCAGUUAUUUCGUGUGCCAAGACAUAACCCUAGCACGGUUCUGAGAGUAAAUAUGUCGCCCGGACACGGGCUUUGUCGACUUUAUUGGUCGCAGCUCUGCGUUUUUAUUUUCAGUCAUAAAGAGCUGGCGGAGAGAGAGAGAGAGAGGGAGAAGGCUCAGAAAACAGCAAAAGUAAAAAACUCGCGGGAGGAAAAAUCAAAUUGACAGGGCCUUGGCAUCUCUGCGGAAGUUGUUCUAACGCCAUAAGCACAUCGUACUUGCUGUUAAUUGGAGUACCAACAUCUUUCAAGAUAUGCGGUCUUCAAAGCAUUGUAUAAUUUAAUCUAAAGACAGCUACUUCUUACACAUAACCAAGGUAGACUUGAAGGUUUUCCUGUUGACAUCCAACUGCUUUGUCAGCAAAUUUUUGUGCAAUUUUUUGAUGAAAGUUUGCAAGGACGAUGCUCAGACACUUUAUAGCCACAUGAUAGAGUUUAGUUUAAUCUCUCGAAUUUUGAACCAAAUAGCGGAAAGAACUUAAGUUAAUAUGGCUCAGUAGCAUAAAAAGGCCACGCAAAGCACUACUGAGGACAUGAUACAUUAUCCCAAAAAGUGUGCACGUUGAAAACUGCCUCUCGAUAUCCGCACCUGGAAUUCAAGAAAUCCACUCAUUGUUCAAAUUGAUCUGCAUAAUGCCGUCAAGUUUGCUAGGUCAAAAGUGAACAAUUGACAAAAUUCUCGUUUCAGUUCGAAAAUUUAGAAAAUAUUUUUAGUAACCCUAUUGCUUUUGUCGAUACCACGCGUUUUAUUAUCAUACGUCCAGAGGGCACCACCUAUGCUCUAUCUUUCUAAGAAAGGAUGAACUAAAUCCCCAUUUUGGCAGUCAUUAUGUUGCAAUUUUACGUUUGCGUUUUGCUACUCGGAGGUACAUGGUGUCCGCCUAUAAUGAAAAAUCAGCAUUUCCAUCAUGUUUUCGGACUACGACCCACUUUCUCGGGUGUUCUCUAGGUUUCGGCACUACCUCAUAGGUACCUUCUGCGGAAACAUUUGAACAUUUAUUUGAAAACGGAGGUAAUGGACCAUCCCGAAACUAGGCAUAAUUUGUAUGCAGGCCUAAUAAACCAACGAAUGAAGACGUCCGUUUUGGUCCGUUUAGAUGUUUCCAAAGGUCCACAGUAGGAAUUCGUAAAGUAAGGCCUCCACUUCGAAAUGUUACCCUGCAAGUAUAUGUAGUUUCCUGCGAAAGGACUAUAUGAAGUGGGUUAUUUCUGAAAAUAGUUACUGUUGAAGUAGUAAAUUUUUUGUGGAAUAAUUCGCACAGAGACUGCUGAGGAGAGUACCGGUAGGUGGGAAUCUGUUCGCCAAUUCAAAAUCAGGCCAGAAACAUUUGUAAACAUACCCUAAUUUCAAACUUAAUCCCAACUUUAACCCUAGCCCAACAUUAAGGAGGGCGGAGGCUCGGCUUGCCAUAAAUGCCCUUUACCGCUCUCGGCUGCCGAGGCAACCUUAUCCCUGAGAAGACUCCCUAUUAAUGGAGUUUUCUCACAAUUAGCAUGGAUACAACUGUCUGAGUGUGAAUAGGCAUAAUAAUUUGAGUCUCACAUGCCUGUUUAUAAAGCGACACGAGAGUUCGACAAUCGAGUUCGACAAUGUCCACCGUGUUCCACACUGCAAGGCGGAGCAGAGACGGUGACUUGCGCGUGAAUUAGUUUAAAGUGACGGCGGACUUGCGCAGCAUCUACCGCACUCCCUCUUCCCACUCCCCACCUGGACCCCGUGCCAAGACAGAAUCAGAAAGACCGGGGUGUGGUGAGAACGCAGGUGGCUGGCACGGCCGGAGCUGCACCUAGGCGUGCCGCCAAACCCCUGGUCCACAAUAGACACCCGACCAGGAUUUUUCGCGACAACAACACCCCAACAGGGGCCAGAGCGACGAGGGUGACUGGACAGCCAUGUCCAUCACCUGUGUCCCCAGCUGGAGCGCAAGCGCAUCUACCAGCAGGGUACCGGGUGUCAGGGAAACGCCAGCGCAUACCAGACUGCGAGGGCCACGGUUUGCUGACACUGGCAUAGCACAAACGUACAGACCUUUUGACCUAAGAAAGCGAUAGUGAACCUACUCAGGCUCCUGGUUACUUAUUUGAAUUUUGACUCACAGGAGUCUGCCCUCAAAGAUAACAGCGGCAAAAAGGAAAGGGCAGUUAUAAGAAUUUCUAACCCCUCAACGACCAGUAUUCCAGGUGCGCCGAAAAUUGUGUGGACCCGGUUCGCCCAAUUCGGUUAGUCGGAGGCAUGUGUUGAGUCAUUUGGUCUGGCCGCAAACAUUUUCACCCAGACUAACCCAAAUAUACCCCAUGACUCUAUGUGUUGAAGGGACCACGUGGCCUGUUUUGUAGACAGUGAAACGAGUACUGAAGCUAAGGCUGGGUUUUCCUGCAAUCCGACUGCUUGAAUCACGCCUGUAAUCUUAACCAUUGUAGGACCUUCUGAAGUCGGCCAUCUUCGAGAUGCUUGAAGGGAAAAGCGAGACCGUCCGGCCUUCAAAGGAACUUUCCCUGUCACGACUGGCCGAAAAGGAGGAGUUUCAGCUUCUUGUUGGUCGUCUGGCGCCCUACUUUAUGUGCCCACGCCUACCACACGCCUUGACGGAGCUCCUAAGGCCUCGGAGCUUGGAAGGAGCUGAGUAA